UUUCUUGUCUGUUAGAUUGUACAAAAUAAUUUCGUUUACACUUUCAUGCUUAGGUACGUAGUUAUCAGAAUAAUUGUUUUUCUGUCUCUCAAGUUUGUGUUCCUUAAUUAAUUUAGAUUGCAGAAAAAUCAUUCUAUUUCUUUGUCUUUUUAUUCUUAGGCAGUUAUCUGAAUUUCUAAUUUAAUGGAUGAGAUGUUGAUUCCACCAAAUGCAAAGAGAGGUAGGGAGAGUGAGAGUGAGAGUGAAAAUGAAGAGAACAAAGAUAGACUCAGUGACUUGCCUGAUUGCGUUCUCCUUCACAUUCUGUCAUUUGUGAAUGCCAAGUAUGCAGUUCAAACUUGCACAUUAUCCACAAGAUGGAAGGAUCUCUGGAAACGUCUUCCUUCCCUCAUACUACAUUCCUCAGAUUUUUCAACUUUUAAGGGUUUCACCAAAUUCGUGUCUACAAUUUUGACUCUUCGUGAUGGCUCAAUUGCACUCCAUGGUCUAGAUUUGAAGCGUCUUGGGCGCAUUCAGCCUUGCCUCUUCAAAAGGAUCAUAAAAUAUGUCAUUUCACACAAUGUUCAGCAAUUAGGAUUGUGUGUCAAUUGUGAUAUUGAACAUUUUCCGACUGACGUCUUUUCAUGUGAGACUUUGACAUAUCUUAAGCUCUCUGUUCAUUUUAGAGAAGUCAAAACGUUACUUCUGCAAUCUUUUAAUUUGCCAGCAUUAACCACCUUGCAUCUAGAACAUUUCACCAUUUGUGCCAAUGGCAAUGACCUUGCAGAGCCCUUCUCAACUUUUAUUAGGUUGAAUAGUUUGAUCAUUCACGAUUGUAGCAUCAUUGGUUCACAUAUCCUCUGCAUAUCGAGUACAACUCUUUGCAAUUUAACCGUGCAUAACGAUCCUGUGGACGUGUACAAAAUUGAGCUAUCUUCUCCAUGCCUUCGUACCUUUACCUUUACAGGUACUGUUUGUGAGACUCUCAGCGGGAGGAAUCUUUCUUCCAUUGAACAUGUAAAUCUUGAUAUACUUAGGGCGUCAAAGCCUGAUGCUGUGCUCAACUGGUUGGAAGAGCUUACCAAUAUAAAAUCAUUGACCAUCUCUAUAAGUACUCUUAAGGUUCUCUCCUUAACUCAUGUAUUGAAGCUUAAGGUUCCUCCUAUCUUGAGUAGCUUGAAGUCAGUGAAGGUUAAACUGAGAGGAGAAAAAUCUGUACUGGAUGUGGACUUUUUUCUUCAAAACUCACCGUCCGCAAAGAUUGACUUCAUAAGGUGCUCAGGAUGAUAUAUACACAACUUUUCAGGGAGAGAUACUUAUAAUUACUAUGAUUUUUUCUUCCUUGGAUGAAUUAGGAGUCCCUCAAAUGACUUUGAUACUUGAAAGCACCCUCUCCUUGCUUGAUCUGGCACUAUACUACUAUAAAUUUGGGUGUUAGAUGAAAGCGUUGGUCCAUCGGGGCCUUAGGGGCAAUCAUCUGCUGCUGUAUAAAAUAAUUUGUUAGAAGAGGUGUCUUCCUACUUAACAUGGUCUCAGAAUUUGUCAGCUUUUUUUCUUUGCUAUAGAGAAGGGGGACAAAGAGCUUCUUUAUACUAUGUUUUGCUAGGCUAUGGGCAACUGGUUGUUCUCUAAAUUCUGUUUGUUCUUAGUUAUAGCUUAGUCUAUUUUUGAUCCU